UUGUGAUGCAGUUGUUAUAAUCAAUGAUGUUACAACAUGAAGAUUUUCGAUUAAGUUAAUAGUUGGAUUGCAGAUUUCGUUGAGUAUGCUAUCACUUCUAUUAGAAGCAAAUGCGAAAGAUCAGCAAAUUAAAAUGAUUUUGGGUAAUAAGAUAGAUAUGUAAACCAGAGAUGUGAGUACUGAAUUCGGGAAGGCGUACUCAAAAAGUAAGAAAAUCAUAUUCUAAGAGGUCUCAACCAUAGAAAACACCAAUUUUUAAAGUACUAUGUUGAAAUUAAUUGAAAUCUUAGUUUCUCAUACGACAAUAGAAUCAGGAGACUAGAAUCAGCGUAGAGGUUCCAUGGUUGAAAUCAAGUAAACUGUUAUUGAAGAUCCUUUCAUCAAUAAAUCAGCCAGAUUGUGUAAGGAUACAUCUAUCUCUGAUCAUUUCAAAUUAGAAACAAUAAAAUCAGCAGAAGAUAGUCUCAAGAAGGUAUUCAAAUCAAUAACACACACCCAAUCACUAAUUGGCAUCUCCUUGAGAUAAUACGAAUAAUGCAUAGUUAUAGUCUAGGACUUCUUUUUAACCCAUCCAUCCAAGACAAUCUGGGAUUAUAAGGAAGGAGUAUUUCAGAAAGCAUUCAUCUAAUCAAAGUAGUGUGUGUUCUUGCUGAAUAUUAUUUAACCUCUGUUUAUUAAAUACCAAAAAGAUUUAAAAAUUUAUUUUAAAUAUAAUGCCAAAGGGAUAGACCACUACAACCUAAAAAGCUUAAAAGGCAGCAAAAAAUGCCAGAGUUGCCAAAAAAGUUGUCAGAGCCAGAAAACAUUUCUAAAAUAGAUUCCACACUGCCAAACCAUUAGCAUUAACUAGAAAACCUAAAUUCACCAGAUUAACAAGAUAAUUAAAACCAAUCACCAAAGGUUUAGAUUUCUAAAAUGUCCUUAAACAUCCACUCAUUACAGAAAAAGAUAUGAAGAAAAUGGAAGAUGAAAACACCAUGGUCUUCUAUGUUAAUUAAAAAUCAACCAAGCCAUAAAUAAAAAGAGCAUUCUCUAAAAUUUAUGAGGUCAAAGUCAGAAAAGUCAAUGUAUUCCAUCUCUGCUUAUCAUUAGAUCUUAAAUACAUUCGGUGGAAAGAAGAAGGCAUACAUUAGAUUGGGUGGAGAAAACGAUGCACUUAAUUUGGCCAACAAAAUCGGUAUCAUCUGAGUGACAAUUAUAUUACACAGUAAAAUAUAUAUAUUCAAAUUUAUC